GUAGGUGCUUAAGUGAGGCCUGCCACUCUGUUUCUCAUUCCAUUCCACCACACCAUUUCUUUGUUCUGUUACCUUUUAGCAGAACUCAAGGUUUCCAUCAUCACCCAAUAUCUUCUUCAAUCUCUGUUCCCUCCCGCACAUGCAUCUAUAUAUACACACACAAACAAACACAUAAAUACAGAGAGAGAGAGAGAGAGAUUUAGAGAGAGAAAGAGGGCAACUGUCAUAUAAUGGCAGAUUGCGUGUGUGACUCUGAAUUACACAACUUGGGUACCAUGAUUAUUCCAGGGAAGAUUCAUGUCUAGGGAAUUUCUGGGUUUUUUUUGCAGCUCUUCUGCUAAUUUGAUCUUUCUCUUGUUUCUUGAUUCUUGAAGCUGAUGAGAUCUGAAGAACUGGGUUUCUUUUGUUAUUUGUUUCUUGGAAUGAGUGUUGAGAGUCAUCUCUAGAUUCAGGCAGGGAAUGUGGAGGCUAAUGGGUUAAGGGUUUUGUUCAAGAAGUUUCUGUCAAGAAUGGGUUUUUUUUUCUGGUGUAAGAUAUAGAGCUGAUGAAGCUCAUAACAUUUUUGCUCUAUAAAAGAACAGUCUUUGCUUGAAGAUUAGAAGAAGGGUUUUCUUUCUUUCUUUCUUUCACUAAUCUUUGAUUCUGCGGAAAUGAAGCUUUCUUCUUCUUGUUUCAAUCAGCAAUCUCCUCCUGAAGGGGAGAAAAAGUGUUUGAAUUCAGAACUUUGGCAUGCUUGUGCUGGCCCUCUUGUUUCAUUACCUGCUAUAGGUAGCAAAGUGGUGUAUUUCCCCCAAGGCCAUAGUGAACAGGUUGCCGCGUCCACAAAUAGGGAAGUCGACGGGCAUAUUCCGAAUUACCCGAGCUUGCCCCCACAGCUCAUCUGUCAGCUACACAAUGUAACAAUGCAUGCUGAUUUGGAGACGGAUGAAGUUUACGCUCAAAUGACAUUGCAACCUCUUAGCCCGCAAGAGCAAAAUGAUGCUUCAUUUCAUCCAAUAGAGAUGUGUACCCCUAGCAAACAGCCGACAAAUUACUUCUGCAAAACGCUGACAGCAAGUGAUACAAGCACUCAUGGUGGAUUUUCAGUUCCUCGGCGUUCAGCAGAGAAAGUGUUCCCUCCACUGGACUUCUCUCAGCAGCCUCCUGCCCAAGAAUUGAUUGCAAGGGACCUGCAUGACAAUGAAUGGAAAUUCAGACAUAUUUUCCGAGGCCAACCGAAAAGACAUCUUCUUACCACUGGUUGGAGUGUGUUUGUGAGUGCUAAAAGACUUGUUGCGGGCGAUUCAGUCAUUUUCAUCUGGAAUGAGAAGAACCAAUUAUUUCUUGGCAUUCGUCGUGCGAAUCGCCCUCAAACAGUAAUGCCAUCCUCAGUUAUCUCAAGUGACAGCAUGCAUCUCGGCCUUCUCGCAGCUGCAGCUCAUGCAGCAGCCACUAACAGCCGUUUCACCAUCUUUUACAACCCAAGGGCUAGCCCUUGCGAAUUUGUUGUACCUCUUACCAAAUAUGUGAAAGCUGUAUACCAUACCCGAAUUUCUGUCGGUAUGCGCUUCCGGAUGCUAUUUGAGACUGAAGAAUCUGGCGUUCGCCGGUAUAUGGGCACAAUAACUGGCAUUAGCGAUUUGGAUCCCGUACGCUGGCCAAACUCGUAUUGGCGAUCUGUCAAGGUUGGAUGGGAUGAAUCAACAGCCGGAGAUAGGCAACCAAGAGUAUCUCUUUGGGAAAUUGAACCUCUAAUUACAUUCCCAAUGUAUCCAUCGCCCUUCCUAAGGCUCAAGCGACCGUGGCCAUCCGGACUCCCAAACUUCAAUGGGAUGAAGGAAGAUGAUAUGAUGAUGAAUUCUCCGCUGAUGUGGCUGCGCGAUGGAGGAGACCCCGGGAUGCAGCCUGUCAAUUUCCAGGGGAUGGGCCUGACGCCGCCAUGGAUGAUGCAUCAUCAGCCAUCUCUCCCAAUGCUCGGCCUGCAAAACGACGCGUAUCAAGCCUUAUCCCCACUCUUGCAAUUCCAGCAACCAAACGCCGUCCCAAUUCAUAUGUUGGGACAGCAGUCUCAGUUCUUCCCCAAUCUCUCCGAUUCCCAAUCGCUCCUUCUCCAGCAACAAUCAUACCAACAUCAAAACUCACUCAACAACCUCCAACAACAAGGACAACAUUGUCUUGAUAAUCAUCUUCAGCAAGUGUCGAAUGUUGGGUCUGUCAUGUCCUCCCAAUUGGCUUCUUCAAGCUUUUCUGACCCAUUUCAGUGUCUGCUUGGUUCUUUGCCACAAUAUGAGACAGCACAGAUUAUGAAUGUGUCGAGGUCGGGUAACAUGAUGUCCCCCACUGGCUGGCCACCAAAGAGGGUCGCGGUUGAUCCAAUUUCUCCCCAGGUGGAACAUUUGGGAGGAGGACAAAACAUGGGUAUGUCCCAAAAUGUGGGUUCUUGUCCUUCCUCGUUCCCGGGUAGGGUGUGCUCAGAAGACCAGGAAGGGAACAACAAUGACCCUCAAAACAACCUCCUGUUUGGGGUUAAUAUAGAUUCCUCGUCUCUGCUGUUUCAGAAUGGGGGGAUUCCCCUCAAGGGAGUGGGGAGUGUUUGUGAUUCGACUAACUACGUGAGUCAUUCCGGAAAUGAUUUCCCCAUGAAUUCAGGACUGACGCCUCCCCCUUGCAUCGAGGAGUCGAGUGUCAUGCAGACUUCUGAGAAUCUGGGGCCGGAAAACCCACCCAAUAGAACCUUUGUUAAGGUUUGUAAGUCAGGGUCCUUGGGAAGGUCACUGGACAUCACCAAGUUCAGCAGUUACCCAGAGCUGCGCAGCGAACUUGCUCAGAUGUUUGGCCUCGAAGGCUUACUAGAGGACCCUCUAAGAUCAGGCUGGCAGCUUGUAUUUGUUGAUCGGGAGAACGAUGUUCUUCUCCUCGGCGAUGACCCUUGGCCGGAGUUUGUGAACAGCGUAUGGUGCAUAAAGAUACUGUCGCCUCAAGAGGUGCAGCAGAUGGGGAAGCAUGGCCUAGAGCUUCUAAGCUCCAUCCCCAUGUCUCGGAUGUCAAACGGGAGCUGUGAUGACUUUGGGACCUCGCCGGAGUCGAGGAAGAUGAUUAGUGGCAUGGCAUCUGUUGGUUCUCUUGAUUAUUGAAAACCCUAUUGUUGUUUGAUUAGUUGUGUAGCAUUUCUUUACUCAUUGCUUAAUCAUUUAUUAGAGGAAAUGCCCUAUUAAGUUUAGUUGCUCUAGUCUUUGAAACAAUUCUGUAGUUACCAAGACAUUUUGUGUUUUGCAUUCCAAGGAAUAGACAAAGAGAUGUGUAUAUGGGGCAAUUAGAGCUGUUGUUGGGUAAAUGU